CCUGAGAUGGGCGAUCCCUGAGGAGCCAGGACUAGCGCGAUCCCCUCGGUCCUUGGGUUAGGUGGUCCCCCUCAGGUCCCGGGAUGACGCUGUCCUCUCGGGUCCCCGUGGGACAGGCGAUCCCUCAGCAUCCGGGACUAGCGCGAUCCCCUCGGUCCGGGGGCAGCGGCUUGCGUUUGAACCCGUAGUCACGGCUCAUGUUGUCCUCUGACUUCUUCUAAACGCCGGCCUUGUGAAAGCCUUCCCUGCCGUCCUCCACCUCCUAGACACCUCGACAAGGAUCCUUUUAUCGGCUCCGCUGGGGACAUUGCACUGGGCAGCGUUUGGAGACCGGCAUCUCCUCAGAUGAGAUAGGACUGUAAUAUGGAUUUAGAACUCAAAGACCAAAAUGACACGACCCUUGCCAAGGAGAACACCUCUGCUACUACAAAAAGUUCUGAUUUUUCUGCCUGGGAAGAUUAUAAGAGCAGUGUAGAUGACAUACAGUACUUUCUGAUUGGGUUGUACACAUUUAUAAGUCUUGUUGGUCUUCUGGGAAAUCUGCUUAUUCUAAUGGCUUUAAUAAAACGCAAACAGAAGACAAUAAUAAACAUUCUCAUUGGAAACUUGGCCUUUUCUGACAUUUUAGUUGUGCUGUUCUGCUCACCUUUUACUUUGACAUCUGUCCUACUCGAUCAAUGGGUGUUUGGAGAAAUCAUGUGCCAUAUUAUGCCUUUCCUCCAAUGUGUGUCAGUUCUGGUUUCAACUUUAAUGUUAAUAUCUAUUGCUGUGGUUCGAUACCAUAUGAUAAAAGAACCCCUUUCUAGUAAUUUAACAGCAAGACAUGGAUAUUUCUUAAUAGCAACCAUCUGGGCUGUUGGUUGUGUCAUUUGCUCCCCUCUGCCAGUUUUCCACAAAAUUGUAGAUCUCCAUGAAUCCAUUAAUCUAGAGGGACUAGGCAACAGGCUUUUGUGUAUUGAGUCAUGGCCAUCUGAUUCAUACAGAAUCAGCUUCACUAUUUCUUUAUUAUUCAUGCAGUAUAUAUUACCCUUGGUUUGUUUAACUGUAAGUCAUACUAGUGUCUGCAGGAGUGUAAGUUCCAAAUUGUCAAACAAGGAAAACAAAUUUGAAGAAAAUGAGAUGAUAAACCUCACACUUCAUCCACCUAAGUGUAGUGGACCCCAGGCACAGCUCUCCAGCAGUUCUGGAUGGAGUUAUACAUUUGUCAGAAAACACCGAAGAAGGUACAGUAAAAAGACUUCUAGUGUGAUGCCAGCUAUUCUAAGGCAUCAACAGAAUAAUAAUUCUGGAAACCUCCCAGAUACCUCUGGGACAGAAAGAAGCCAGCUCUCUUCAAGUAAGUUCCUACCAGGGGUACCCAUCUGCUUUGAGAUGAAACCAGAAGAAAAUUCAGAUGCGCAGGAUGCAAUUACAGUAUCCCGAUCCAUCACUCGAAUUAAGACAAGAUCUCGGAGGGUUUUCUGCAGACUGACAGCUCUGAUACUAGUUUUUGCUGUCAGUUGGAUGCCUCUUCACCUUUUCCAUGUUGUGACUGAUUUUAAUGCCCAUCUCAUUUCUAAUAGGCAUUUUAAAUUAGUAUACUGCAUAUGUCACUUACUGGGCAUGAUGUCCUGCUGCCUGAAUCCCAUCUUAUAUGGCUUCCUUAACAACAGUAUAAAAACUGAUUUGAUAUCUCUUAUUCCAUGCUUCCAAAUUUCAUGAUCCUGUAAGCUCAACAAUAAACUGUAAAACAAAAAGUUACAAAAAAGUUCAUAGUUCAGAGCCUUCUGAACUAUGAAAUAUUCAGUUUUAGGUGUGACUGAGUUGUAGUUAGCAAUAUUUAGCAACUUUGGGUGUGAAAGGUUAACUCAGGCUGAAUGACUCAUGCAUUUGUGUAGAGCAGGAUUAUAUCAGUUAAUUAUAAUAUUAUUCUUUACUUGCCUAUUUCUUUGGAGGAAAUCAUGCCCAGUGUACAAAACACAUUUUUACAGCUCAAGCAAACAUUGUUUCAGGUGUACCUUGGUCCAAGAAAUCAAUAGUUAACAUGAAUUAUUUCAACUGUUUGUUCAAUAUCAAUUAUAGUGAGGCUGUAAUCCAGACAUUUAUUUCGCUAAAUGAUUAUUGUUCAGAAUAAAUAUGUGACUAUUUUAACCAUUUUUUACAAAUAAAUUUCUGUUUCUGGGUGUGAUUAGAACAUAUUUAUCUCCUUAUUUGAUUAUGGGACUCCUGCUCCGCCCAUACCUCUGCCUCACACUUGCCAGAAUUCAACAGAUCUUCUGGCUGCUUCUCUACAGACUUUCUUAUUCACAGGGCGGGUUAUCAUUAUCCUCUAGACUGUUUCCAUCCCUCUUAGUACACCUAAUUACUCCUUUUUUCUGGUCAUUUUACGGUAUCCUAUUAUUUCACAUGGUUUUCAGUCUUACCUGGACACAGAUAAAAUAUAUUUCUGCCAUUAUUUUGAUAAAGCUCCUUAAAGUGCACUUUGCUUCUGGUCAGCAUGAACUUAGUCUGGUGAGACCUGACUGUAGUGAGAAAUAUGACAAUGGGAAUAAAAAGCG